GGUCUAGAUUCACCGGAAAGACUCUUUUUAAAGCACCAAACAUACUCUACACAAUCAUAGAUCGUAUUAUACUUCCUACCACUGGAGUCAAAGAAAUGGAUGCUUAUACCAUCCCCACAAUCAGUCUUACCGACACUCCCGAGGGUAUAGUCGAACUCAUCGAUUCGCUGGGCCGUAGUGAUGUGCCCACUAGUCCACCCUCUGUCUAUAUCGACCUAGAGGGUGUCGACAUUGGUCGCAAAGGCUCAAUUGCGAUCCUCCAAGUCUAUAUCCUCCCGACUAAAAGGACCUUUCUCGUGGAUGUUCACAAUCUUCGCGGACAAGCAUUUUCCACUCCAAACUCAUCUGGCCUCACCUUGAAAGCAAUACUGGAGUCUAUAUUCAUACCAAAAGUUAUUUUCGACGUCAGAAAUGACUCUGAUGCUCUGUACAGCCACUUUGGCAUUAAACUACAAGGGGUCAUUGACCUUCAACUCAUGGAACUUGCAACUCGAUCUCACAGUCAGAAAUUUCUUAGCGGGCUUGGAAGAUGCAUGGAUCAGGAUCUUGUGCAAACUCCUGAAGAGCUCGAAGUUCGGAGCUCAAUAAAGAAGCGUGGUGUACAACUAUUUGCGCCAGAAAAAGGGGGGAGAUAUGAGGUCUUCAAUGACAGGCCGCUUGAUCCAGCAAUCGUGGAUUAUUGUGUUCAAGAUGUCCAACUCAUGCCUCAGUUAUGGGACAUUUACAAUGCAAAACUUAGUUUAAUGGACAAGAGAUGGGCUGCUAAGAUUGAGCGAGAAACAAAGGCUAGGCUCCUGUUAUCUCAGAGCCCAGGAUUCAAUGGGAAGGGGCAGCAUAUGGCAAAAGCGCCAGACACGUGGUAGAGUAUUCUUGAAGUUUUUGAUAAAAGUUUGUAUAUAUAUUAGAUUUUGGCCUUUGGUUGAGAAGUAUAUGUCUGCCGUUAUAUUGCUGUAGCUUGUGACUACUACCGUAAUGGUUUACUACCAUAUUCGAGAUCAAUAUGAAUGAUAUACGCAAUUCAUCGUCAAGAACUUUAUCUUCUUGAUUCCUGUAUCGACCUGGUGGGAUCAUUUGUUGAGGCUGAGGAUGAGUUUCAAUGAGACUACUAUCUAACAAUGGGGACGAUGUUAAGAAAAUAACAACUAUUAUUUGGAGAAAUCUGACCUGUGGUAGUGGUACA